AAGUAUGAAUGCACCUACUGUGGCAAGGGCUUUAAUCGCCCCAGUAGUCUGAAGGCAUGUUUUGAUAUCCAUAUUAACAGUCAUACUGGAGAAAAACCUUUUGUCUGUCCCGUUGAAAGCUGUGGAAGGAGCUUCAGUGUUCUCAGCAAUAUGCGCAGACACGCUCGGGUCCACACCCAGACUCCCUUGAGACAG